AUGUCAUUGAACGCCGUUUUAAACAUAAUUGUUCCUUUGGUGUAUAAAGCAAGUCUUUGCUGGGCAAAAGGCGUCGUGGCUGAUCCAGACGACGAUCUGGACGAGCUUUUGCCUAGCCCGGGCUCCCCUGAUGAUGAUACGUCUCCAAUUGGAUCCGGACCGGGAGACGAUGUCAAUCCAGUCACUGAGGAAAUCUUCUCGUCAUGGGCUCUUUUCAUCAUGCUGUUUCUUCUGAUUUCCGCGUUAUGGUCGUGCUAUUUCUUGGCACAGCGGCGAAUUAAGGCUGUCCACGAAACUGUGCUGUCGAUUUUCUACGGGAUGAUAGUAGGUCUGAUUAUCAGACUUUCUCCAGGCCACUAUAUUCAGGACGCGGUCACUUUCAACUCCUCGUAUUUCUUCAAUAUUUUGCUGCCUCCCAUCAUCUUGAACUCCGGAUAUGAGCUCAACCAGGUCAACUUUUUCAACAAUAUCGUGUCGAUCCUCACAUUUGCCAUUCCGGGCACGUUCAUUUCGGCAGUAGUCUUGGGCGCCAUCCUGUACAUCUGGACGGCUCUGGGACUGGAAAAAGUCGACAUUUCCUUUGUCGAUGCGCUUUCUGUAGGUGCAACCCUCUCGGCAACAGAUCCAGUGACAAUUCUAUCCAUCUUCAAUGCUUACAAAGUGGAUCCCAAGCUCUACACCAUCAUUUUCGGUGAAUCCCUUCUAAACGAUGCCAUUUCUAUCGUUAUGUUCGAGACCUGUCAAAAAUUCCACGGCAAACCUGCAAAACUGUCUUCUGUCUUUGAGGGUAUAGGUCUUUUUCUCAUGAACUUCACGGUGUCUUUGCUAAUUGGUGUGAUGGUCGGAGUUUUGGUCGCACUUUUGCUAAAGCACACUUUAAUUCGCCGCUACCCCCGGAUUGAAAGUUGUUUAGUAUUGCUCAUAGCUUAUGAGUCGUACUUCUUCUCCAACGGCAGCCACAUGUCAGGCAUCGUGUCCUUGUUAUUUUGCGGCAUUACACUCAAGCACUAUGCUUAUUACAAUAUGUCAAGGAGAACACAAAUCACCAUAAAGUAUAUUUUCCAGCUGCUAGCCCAGCUUUCUGAGAAUUUCAUCUUUAUCUAUCUUGGACUCUCUCUGUUCACCGAGGUAGAAUUGGUGUAUAAACCGAUGCUUAUUAUUGUCACUGCCAUCUCAAUAUGUGUGGCACGCUGGUGUGCCGUAUUCCCGCUGUCAAAUUUCGUGAAUUGGCUCUAUAGAGUUAAAGCAAAGCGAUCCAUGGGUGUCUAUGGGAACGAUGCAGCAAUUCCUGAUGAGAUUCCCUAUCAAUAUCAAAUGAUGACUUUCUGGGCUGGUCUUAGAGGUGCAGUCGGUGUCGCAUUGGCGAUGGGUCUACAAGGUGAUUUCAAAUUCACUCUCUUGGCCACGGUGUUGGUGGUAGUCGUUUUGACCGUAAUCAUAUUUGGUGGCACCACUGCAGGCAUGCUGGAGGUUUUGGGUAUCAAAAUGGGGUGCAUAGACGAAAACGAUGACUCUGAUGAUGAAUUUGAUAUAGAAAUGCCCAAGCACAUCAAUAUCGUUCCUAGCCCUAUACCGACUUACUCCGAUGAGACUCCACGAGAUGAAGCCGUUGCAACAUCUAUAAGAGGGGAACAAUUGCUAUCAUCGGAGGCAGUUCAGCCGUCAUCGAGGCUGUCCUUGGAAAGGCAACACCUCAGAGAAACUUUGAGCACAAUAUUUUCACCAGAUUCUCAAUGGUUCACAAACUUUGAUGAGCAAGUUCUCAAGCCAGUCUUUCUCGAUAAUGCUGCUGAGGGAUCUCAGUCGAGAAGGAGUGAAUCAAGUACUCCAAACUUUCUAGGUAGUAGGAGGUGA